AGACGAGGCCCCUCCCACUUUGCUCUUCACCCUUCAGCGUGGGCUCCACUUUGUUCCCCAUCUCAACGCGUCUUCAUGUCUCUCCAGCCGCGUUCACUUUCACUCAAGUCCUUCAACGCUCAAGGGUUCCCCAAGCUUCCACUGGAAUUGACUGACCAUAUCAUUGACAACCUUCACGUCGACUUCGUUUCCCUCAAGAACAUUGCUCUGGUCUGUCACGCUUGGGUGGCUUCGGCCCGCAAACAUAUCUUCUUCUCUGUGACCCUAACCGGCUAUAGAAAGGCGCAUGCGUUCCUCGCAGCCCUUCAAUCCUCCAAAGACAUUGGUCGCUACGUCAAACAGCUGGACAUGCGUAUUAACACUGAUUACGACGACCCCUCUCCAUUCGAGGAUGUCAUGAAGCACCUCAGCUCUGUUCGCAGUUUCGAGCUAAACGCAAACGAAGUACCUCUUAAUCUUGAAAUAAUCAAGAGCAUUGGGCCAGUGGAGGAGUUCACGAUGGAACUGGGCGAGUGGGAGGAGCUGGACUUGAAGGGUGCCCUUUUCGCGUUUCCUAAGCUAUCAAGUCUGGUUUUGCACACCUCUCCCGGCUCCGGUAUUUGCGAUGUUGCGAGCGACUCGCCUAUGUUCCCUGUGAGGAAGCUGAAAACCACGGCCUUCGUUCCGAGCUCAACAUAUCCUGAAGCUCCUAAUCUUGUCUUAUCAACGUUGCUUCAGCAUAAGCUGCCCUUGAUAGAGGCCUUGACAUUAGCCAUUGUUGCUGACAGAGAUUUGUUCGCUCUGCGCGAAUUUCUGCGCACACACGAAGGCAACAUCAAGCUUCUCGAUCUGAGCUUCAAGUACAGUGUAGAUGACUCCGCUGCAUCCUCACUCGCGGACGUGCUUCGUGAGAGGUGCAUGGACAUCAGAAAUGUCCAUCUCAAAUCUGAGAACAUAGGUUCAACAUUUUUGUUACAGCUAGUCUCUGCUUUCAAGUCCUCCAAGGUAGAGCGCGUCGUCGUCAUCAUCCAUCCUUUCGCAAGCCUGAGGUGGUAUGAUGUCUUACGUUCCCUGUUGUCAUACUUUGACGUUGGAUUCACUGCGGCGUCUUCCCUCAUUGUCAACAUUCCUCUGAAUCUUAGACACAGAGAUGCACGCGAGAUCUUGGAGGAUGAACUAGCUCGACUCGAGGCGAAGUGGCCCACGUUGUUUGCGAGAGGCAUUUUGAAGAUCGAUUGGUAUGAUAAUAAACACAAGAUCUAGCAACGGGGAUGAUCUCGUUCGAUUGCGGGCUAUAUUGCAAGAUAAUUUGUCGGGACGCACGAUUUGCAAUAUUAUACGUAUAUAGCUAUAGAGUUACCCAG